AUGUCGUCAAAACCCUACACUGGCCCUGACGUCCCCACAAUGCUGCAGACCAAGACCCUCGCAGAGAAUGUCAUAAAAUACCACGACCAUCCCACCAGCGACAGCAUCCUGGACGACCACGAGCUGGGCCUUCUGAAGCGGUUUGUGGAGGAUCCGACGAGGCGCGCGGAGAUACUGAGGGAGGAGGGGGUUGAUCCUGAGGCUGCGUGGGAGAGUCGACAAACGGGGUUGGUGGCGUAUGUGGUGUGGGCGCAUGGGAGAGAAGAGCGAGAUGGGGGAGUGUUGAAGGAGGAAGAUUUUGAGCUGCUGAGGGGAUGGUUUGCGGGGGGGAAGGUGGUGUAG